AUGGACCCAGCGCCGCGCCGGCGGGGCGCGCGCCGUGCUGAGCCCGAGACUGCGCCGGGCGCCGCCGUAUGGAGCAUGGAGAGCGAGCUUCUGGUCGAUGUAGGGGGUAGCGCGCCACCGCGCACGGCGGAGCGGCCUGUGCCUGGCCCCACCCCGCUCGACGACGGCAAGAACAAAGGACACCGACACAUGCGCACUGCCACCGCACUCGACCGCCUCGAGGACUGGCUGGGGCUCAAGGAUGCACCGAGCACCUCGCGACCGCCUGCGGUGCGGCCGCCCGCGAAGCACGAGGCUGAGGUAGGCAGCAUGGCGUACGCUGUACAGCAGCACGCCCACUCGGCCCAACACGGGGUCGACGUGCUGGUGCACACCGUGGCACCCACCGACUCGCUCGAGAGCAUUGCGUUAAAGUACGGCGCGGAUGUGCGUGUCGUGCGCCGCUCCAACCGCCUGUGGCCAGGCGACGUCGCGCAGAUGCGCGAGCAGAUAUAUAUCCCGGUCGAUGCGUGCCGCUGGAAGCCGCCAAAUGCCGACAUCAAGAUGCUCCAGCGGCGCGCCGACGGCUCGUUUGAGCCGCAGGAAGAGGUCGCUCUCGUUCCGCGCACGCACAGAUCCACACCGAGCGCCGAGCUCGCCAAGCACAGCCUCGCGGCACUGCCGCACAGCGGCGAGGCCACCACCGAGGCCGCACCACCGAUCGCCUGCAAGCGCGUGGAUCCCACCGAGCUGCUCUUCUUUGGAAGCGCGCCGAGACGGCCGGCAGAGGACCCCGGCGAGUCGGGCGUCGACGAUUUGCUGCGUCUGCAGCAACGGCGGCGCGAGGGGCGUGAGCCGCUCCUGCCGUCGCCGCCCAAGAAACAAGCGCCGAUCGCGCAUAUUCCCGAGCGCGAAGAGACCUGGCGGCCCAAUGUGUGGAAGUUUGGGCAGCGCAGCACGCAGCGCGAGGCGCCGGUCGCCUACGCGGGCGCAGCGCCUUUGCGCAAGCCCCAGACGCUCUUUGACGCGGGCGCGCCCGACGCACCGCCCGAUGCGCCGCCCGACGAGCCCGAGCAUGAGCCCGAGCCGCGGGGCCUGCGCCUCAACGAGCUGCUCAAAGGCCCGCCGACGAACCCCGGCGCGGCCGCCAACUGGGUGCGCCCGAUCCACUGGGGCGAGAGUCUGCCUGUGCUGCCCGGGCAGGACACGCGCCGCAACCUCAUGUCGGGGUUCCUGUCGGACAUGACGAGUGCGCGCUCGCGUAUGGAAGAUAUGGUUGGAGCGGCGAUGCACGAGCUCCGCCAAGUCUCGUUGGGGCGCCCCUCGAACGAUGGGAUGCGCCUGCCUAUGUAG